AUGUCUGAAUCGAGCGGCUUCAGUCGGGACAUCGAGAGCGCCACGCAUCGUUCAAUGCUUUCGCGGGGGAGGGCGUCAAUGACGACUUCCACAAUCACACCCUGCACUCCAGCAUCCACGGCUCUUCUGGACAUUAAUGACCCCGCUGAAAGACAGGAUGCUGGUAUGCAAGACGUCUUCAGGCGGCCUGUGAGUGGACAUGUGGGCUGUCAGGAUCUAUAUAUGAAGUUCGACCUGUGGGUCUCCGAGGUCAUGCAACGGAACGCCGAGGGUGAGCCCCAUCCAUGGUUGACGUGGCCGGUAUUUCCAGCACUUGGCUGCCCCCGCGCGAGCCUGGCAGCCAGGUGCAGCAUCGCAUUGCAGGGGCGACGACAAUGA